AUGUUCCCAAUUUUAUAUUUCCUUUCAUUGCAUUCUGUGCCUGUUCUCCUCUUCUAUAUUCCCACUGCCCCUGGACUUGCCUGUCCACCCAUCACUUUUCUCCUUCUUCUCCUUCUCUCAUAUCAUCUCUCUUGCUUUCCUUUCUCCCUGUCAAUCUAUCAGACUUCUUCCUCUCCCUCUUUUGGUUGCCUUAUUCUCCUUCAGAUCUUCUCCUCUUAUUUCUACUUUGCUUUCUUUUCCACUUUUAACCAUUCAGUCUAUCUCUUUUUCCAUAUUCUUUUAUUCUUUGAACCUUUUUACUUUUCCUUCACUCCUUUGUCAUUCUUGUCCCUACAUUUCCCUUUCAGUCCCCUAUUUCGCUACAAUUUUCUUUGCCAUUUUAUUCCACCCAUUUGCACUGUCUUUCCUUUACUUUUCAUUAGUUUGAUUGUUAUUUUUUCUUCUGUUAUCUCCUCUCACUUCCUUCAUCCUAUUUCUUUCAUCAUCUAUCUUGAGACCUUUCUUUUUCAUUUCUGCUUCAUUACUUCUUCUCUCUUUUCUGUAGUCUUUGUUUCAUUAAUAUUUUAUUUUUCAUGGAUUUUUUCCCCUCAUUUAUAUAUCUUAGAUCUCAUUCUUUUACCUUCUUCAUUCCUUCUUCUUAACUUUCUCAUUCAUUCUUCCCACCCCCAUAGAUAUGUUCCCCUCUAA